AUGGCCUCCAAGACCUUCAAUGUCGGUAUCAUUGGCUACGGCUUCAGUGCCAAAAUCUUCCACAUUCCUUUCGUGGCGCAGAUCCCGGAGCUCAAGCUCCAUGCGAUCGUGCAGCGCACCCCCAAGGCCAACGAUGAUGCAGAGAAGGAUCACCCCGGCGUGAAGUCUUACCGUACCACUGAGGAGCUGUUCCAGGACUCUGCUGUCGACAUUGUCAUCGUCACCACUGCUCCGGACUCCCACUUUGCUCUGUGCAAGUCGGCGCUGGAGGCGGGCAAGCACGUUAUUUGCGAGAAGCCUUUCACCCCCACCUACAAGGAAGCUGCCGACCUCGUCACCAUCGCGAACAAGCAGAACAAAUUGUUGGCCGUGUACCAAAACCGCCGCUUCGACGCCGACUUCGUCACCCUCUCCAAGCUCGUCAAGAACGGCUCUCUUGGCCGUAUCUCCGAAUUCGAAACCCACUUCGACCGUCACCGUCCCGAGGAACCCGCUGCUGAUGCCUCAAAGUGGAAGAACAAGGUCGUGCCCGGCGGAUCUGCCAUCCACGAUCUCGGUUCCCACCUCCUAGACCAAGCCGUGCACCUCCUCGGCCUUCCCAAGCGCGUAACCGGUUUCGUCGGCUCCGCACGCGCAGUGAACACCAACGGCUUCGAGGACUCAUUCACCGUACUGCUGCACUACGCCAACGGCACCUUGGUCACCGCCAAGGCAACAGUCGUUAGCCCUGAGGAGGAGCAAUUGCGAUUCUGGAUUCGUGGUGAGAAGGGAAGCUUCAAGAAGUUCCACCUCGAUAUCCAGGAGGACCAGCUUAAGGCUGGUGUCAUGCCCGAGGACAAUGGAUAUGGACGUGAACCUAAGGAGCGUUAUGGUACUUUGACUACCUUCCAGGACGGAAAGCCUGUCAAGGAGAUUGUUCCUACUGUUGAGCCCCCUACUUACACCGAGUACUACCGGAAGUUUGCCCGUGCUCUUGCUGGUGAGGGUGAGCUUCCUGCUAGCGGUGAGGAGGCUGCUCAGGUUAUCCGCUUGAUUGAACUGGCUCGUGAGAGCUCGGAGACUGGCCGGACUGUGGAUGUUUGA